UUCAACUAUCAGACGCGUCGACACAGAGCCGAGCGCGAAAGCUGACGAAGUAACUAAAGCUCUCAGUAACGGUAACAUACAAAUCACGCGAUACUUCGCAUGGCACAAUCCCACGGCUCAGCUGACGCGGCGCGGUGCGCGAGGAGCUGGCGAUCCAGGGACGAGGUGGCGAUCGGGGGAGGAGACACUGGAGCAGAGCAUGGUUUGACCCUCCCACACCUCCAUGACACGCUCCACCUCACAGACAAAGAUAACCCCCCCCGGCUCUCACCGUCGCCAUGGUGAGAGUCCCGGAACCUGUUUCCAUGGUGACCAACUAGAGAGCACCCCAGGAUUCCCAAUCUGUUGUCAUGGUGAUACCUAAGGAGAGAAGCAGGUUGCGGAUCUGUUCUUUGUCGUCACGGCGAUCGUGUAGUAGGUGCCAGCACGGUUGAAGCUCCGCAGGGAGGCUGAGUGGGCGUGGCCAUGGGCAGGCCCCGCCUCUUCCACAUCUUCCUGCUGCUGGGCUCCGCCCUCAUGGUGCUGCUGAUCAUCAUCUACUGGGACGACAUGGGGACCCCCUACUCCUACGGCCACUCCCCCCUCUCCGCCUUCUCCCCCGGGCCCAGGACCCCCCACACCCCCCCCCAACCACAGCAAGGACCAAAACAACAGCAACAACAACAACAACAACAACAACAGCUGCAAGCGUCGCGGUCUCCGUCCUUCCUCUCGGACAUCAACGCCUUCGUGAACCAGUUCCUGGAGCUGGGCACCGGGGAGCCCACCGACCCCGCCCCCCUGGACACAGCCAACCAAUCAGAGCGGGCGGAGGAGCGCUACGUCCCGCGGCGGGAAUGGAAGAUCCACCUGACGCCCGUGGCCGCUGAGCUGCAGCAGAGACAGGAGCAGCGACGGCAGAGGCUGCAGGAGGCGUGUGCAGAGGACAGUGUGGCGUUCCCCGGGAAGAAACGCUCGUUCGAUGACAUCCCCAACAAGGCUCUGGACCACCUCAUCGUGGACGACCGCCACGGCAUCAUCUUCUGCUACGUGCCCAAGGUGGCGUGCACCAACUGGAAGCGGCUGAUGAUCAUCCUGAGCGAGAGCGUGCUGCAGGACGGGGUGCCGUACACGGACCCCCAGGCUAUCCCCCGCAGCCUGGUGCACAACCUCAGCUCCCACCUCACCUUCAGCAAGUUCAGGCAUCGCUACGGGAAGUUCUCCCAUCACCUCAUGAAGGUGAAGCUGAAGAAGUACACCAAGGUUCUGUUCGUGAGGGACCCCUUCAUCCGCCUCGUCUCCGCCUUCCGCAACAAGUUCCUGGAGACCAACGACGACUUCUACAACCUGUACGGCAAGGCCAUACUGCGGCGCUAUGGCCACCAGCCCACGCCCCCGGCCCUGGCGGCGGAGGCAGGGGCCGCAGGCGUCCACCCCUCCUUCCCGCAGUUCGUCCAGUACCUGCUGGACCCCGACACGGAGAAGGAGGCUCCCUUCAACGAGCACUGGCAGCAGGUGUACCGUCUCUGCCACCCCUGCCAGAUCCAGUACGACUUUGUGGGCCACCUGGAGACGCUGGAGGAGGACGCUGAGCAGCUGCUGAGGCAGCUCAGGGUGGACAACGUGGUGCAGUUCCCCCCCGCCGCGCGCGGGAACCAGUCCGCCGGACUCUCCCUGGCGGACUGGUUCAGCGCCGUGCCGCUGGAGGCCCGGAGGAGGCUGUACCAACUGUACCAGCCGGACUUCACGCUGUUCGGGUACCCGUCCCCAGAAGCCAUCCUGGAGGAGGGAUACGCACUCCAAACCCAUCCUGAGGAGUGAUACGCCCUCCAAAGCCAUCCUGAGGAGGAUUACGCCCUCCAAACCCAUCCUGAGGAGUGAUACGCCCUCCAAACCCAUCCUGAGGAGUGAUACGCCCUCCAAACCCAUCCUGAGGAGUGAUACGCACUCCAAACCCAUCCUGAGGAGGGAUACGCCCUCCAAAGCCAUCCUGAGGAGUGAUACGCCCUCCAAACCCAUCCUGAGGAGUGAUACGCACUCCAAACCCAUCCUGAGGAGGGAUACGCCCUCCAAAGCCAUCCUGAGGAGGGAUACGCACCUCAUGGGAGGUCAAAGCGCCAGACUUGUGAAGCGUGUUGUUCUUACCUUGUCUUUGAAGUGUGAAGGCCAAGUCCCUGCCCUCCGGCCUCUUGUCACGCCAUGCCUCUACCCAGCCAUGCCCAGCUUUUAUUUUGUAACGUGGGUCGCCCCCCAGGAUUUGUCUCCAGCCUGUUGCCGUUAGACAAAGCCCCCUUUCUGUGACGUCACGGAUAUGUUGUAGCUCUCUGCGAGGUCAAAACGUCCCUCCACCAGGGUGGGAUUGAAUUGGAGCAGAAACCUUCUGAUGCUCCUAGUGAGGCAGGGGGCCGUGUGGAACACAGAAGAUGUGGGCACCCCCGGGGCACCCUGUGGGAACAAAAGGAAGUUCAAGAGGUGGUUGGUUGCACUCCUAACUCAAUGUUUACUUAUUGGUCUUGCAUGAUAAAUUUACCUUCAACAUUGUUGCGUUGGGUUUAGUUAUGAUAUUCAGCCGUUUCUGUAUACCUCAUGUGCAGAUAGGGGUUUGCCCUGUUCUGUGUUUGAUUUUAUAUUUCAUCACUCAAUUCAAUUCUGGUGCAAAGCCAGAAUCGUGUUUAAUUGCAUGGAUUUUUUUUCUACUGUGCAAAUGACUUGUUUGACUUCCUAGCAUGAUAUUGUGUCAGUAGGAAACGGUGUACACAUAGUUCAAUAGAUCCUAGUUCACAGUCGAGGAAACACGAAGCACAACAAAGGGAGAUGAGGUUUGGGUUGGAAGGUCGUCUCUCAGGCCUCCAGGACCCCAGAGUUCUCCAGAGCUCUCUGUGUGUGGGACGGGGUCGUGUGCUAUGCUACGCUGCUUCAGGAAACCAUGGCAACACGGCCCCCAUAAUGGUCUGCUUAACAUGGGCUAUAGGGUAAAUGGGGUGUAGGGUUUAGGGUAUAGGGUGGAUAGGGUAUAGGGUAGAUGGUGUAGAUGGGGUAUAGGGUAGGUAGGGUAUA